CUCCUGAAAAAUCAUAGACUUUCAAGUUCUUCAAUCAGACCAACUUCCAUCCAUCCAUCUAUAAAACAAUCAAUGGCCGACACAGCAAAAAACUCCGGCGAGUCCCGGCGCCAUCAGAGCAGGCUACAACGGCGGGCCCCUGCAUCCAUACAAGUCGAUCCAGCGUCGAAUUAUGCAUCGGGAUGGAAAAUCGCGAUCCCUCUCCUAUCACCGGUCACCGUACCUGAGGAUCAGACCGUUGGUGUAUCCAGAGAAGAAUCACAGCAAGAUCGUCAAUCAUCCACCGUUGAAAAACCAAAAAUUCGAUCUUGGCAACAUCCAGCCGCUCCAUUUUACUAUGGCCCAGCUCCGAUCGUACCUGCUUUCGUCCGACAAUGUACAUAGGAUGAAAUUUUGGUAUUUAUACGUGCAACCCAUUUUUUCUAUGGGUAGUUUUGCACGUUUGUAUCAAGAAAGGAAGGAAAGGAAGAAUUCUCUCUCUUUUCUCUUUCUAAUUUACGUGAAGUAUAUACGAUUGUAUAUAGAGUAUGUGGAAUAUAAUCGAUUUUUGUCUGUUA